AAAGGAAAACCAAAGGAGCUGCACGGCGCAACACACACAACCUCUGACCUUCCAGAACAGAAGACACCACGAAACCACGACACCCCCAGAGCACGAGACCCCAUGGCGAAGACCAACGAGGAAACGGAAACGGAACCGGAACCGGCCCCUGCCGGCAACGAAAAGGCCGGCGGCGAAGCUCCCGAAGCGGCAGCCGCCACCGCGGGCGAAGAAAGCAGCGGACCGGAUGCGGAGAAUUCCGGUGAUCCACAACCGGAGCGAGGCGAAUCCCCGGGGGUUGCCUCGGAGAUUCCGCAAGGGACACCGAAACGAGAUGCAGAAGAGAACGAGCCUCCGGCAAAGGGCGGCAGCAACAACGACAAUAACGACAAGGACAGCAACGACAAGGACAACGAUAGCAACGACAAGGACAACAGCAACAGCAACAACGACAACAACGACGACAACCACCAAAACGAUGCCGAGAACGACGCGGCUCCGGUGGCCGUGCGGCCCCUGAAACGGGCGCGAACGGCCUACUUUAUUUUUGCCGACGAGCAGCGGCCGUCGAUCCAAAAGGAGGUGAGUGACUGAGUGAGUGACUGAGUGUGCCCGGCCUCUGUCGACCGUCGCAUGGACCUAGGGGAGGGUCGGAUGCCACGCGACGCAAUGGGGGGGGAUCGAUCCGUCUGUGCUGGGUUCCAGCGGAUCCUUCUCCGCGUGCACCUUGUCUCGCUUUGUUGCUAUUGCUAGAAUCGAUUCCAUUGUGUCCUUCGUGCCACACUCAACCCCGCGGGCUUGUUUUUCUUUGAUUCCCACUGCACAACACACGAUCCGAUCUGUUGGAAUCCAUCCGAUUGCUCCGCGUCGCAUCCCAUCGUUCCUUGGUGCGGUGUGCCUUGCCACUGCCACUGCCGCUGCCACUGCGCCUGCGACUGCCAUCGACCCCUCCCAACAGCACCCCGGCGAGACCGUCGCGGUCCAGGCCAAGCGGAUCGGCGCCCGCUGGAAGUCCCUCCCCGACGCCGAGAAGGACCGCUUCCGGGCCCUGGCGGCAGCCGAGAAGGAGCGCGUUUUGGCGAGCCUCCCGGAGGGUGCCCCCGGCCCGGUCGGGGACGCGGGGAGUCCCUCCGAUUCCCUCGUCUUUCCCGUCGCCCGGAUCCGCCGGAUCGCCAAGCUCGACCCGGAGGUCAAGACGCUGUCGCGGGAGGCCCUCCAGCUGGUCGCCCGGGCCGCCGAGCUGGCCCUGGCCAGGCUCGGGACCGAGUGCGUCCGCGUCGCCCGGAUGCAGAACCGCCGGACCCUCCUCCCGGACGACGUGGCCGACGUCUGCACCCACCGGGAGGCCUUUCACUUUCUGAGGGAGGACAUCCGGGACCUGGCGGCGGCCCAGCAAAAGGGGAGCGGAAAGGCCGAGGCCGCGGCCGCGGCGGGCCGGGCGGAAAAGGCCAAGAGGGAGGCCGCGGCGGGGACCAAGCCGCUGACCUCGUACUUUGGGGUGGCGGGGGGGACCGGCGGGUAGCAACGGACCCCGCAUCGAAUCGAAACGAAUCGAAUCGAAUCGAACCGGAACGGCAGGGAAGCCUUCCAUAGAUCGCUCGGCGGGUUGGAACACCCGCCGUGCCGACCGACAAGGAGGGGCAAUCGUCGCAGAAACAUCACCGGUCGCCUGGAUCUCGUUCGCGUCACUCUUAUGGCAC